AUGGAUUUAUUUGGUGUUUUUGAAACAAAUGCUAAUGCUGAUGGAAUUCAAGUGGAGAACCAAGUGGAGGAUGAAGUGUCAAUGAAUGUAGAAGCAUAGGAGAAAGUUGAGGCAUUUAAGAUAAUAAAAAACCAAGAAAAUGAAGGUUGUAUUCAUGAGUGGUACACACCUGAAGAUUAUUAGCCCAUUCUAGAAAAGAAAUAGAAUGCUAAAUAAUAUAAAUUUACUUUGGAUCCAUUCCAAAAAGUAGCAGUCAAGACUUUGGAAUCAAAUGAAUCUGUAUUAGUGGCCGCACAUACAAGUGCAGGUAAAACAGCAGUAGCAGAAUAUGCUAUAGCAAUGGCUAAGAGAGAUAAACAAAGAGUUGUGUAUACCUCUCCAAUUAAGGCUUUAUCAAAUUAAAAAUACAGAGAAUUGUAAUAAGAAUUUGGAGAUGUUGGAUUGGUUACAGGAGAUGUAACAUUGAAUGAGAAUGCCUUUUGUUUAGUAAUGACAACAGAAAUUUUAAGGAGUAUGUUAUAUAGAGGUUCAGAAAUUGUAAGGGAAGUAGCAUGGGUCAUAAUGGAUGAAGUACAUUAUAUGAGAGAUAGAGAAAGAGGAGUGGUUUGGGAAGAGACUAUUAUCUUAUUAAAUUAAAAUGUAAGACAUAUAUAUUUAUUCAUUUUUUAGGUUCGAUUUGUCUUUUUAUCUGCUACAAUUCCUAAUGCUAGUGAAUUUGCUGAAUGGGUUUGUAGAAUCAAACGUUAACCUUGUCAUGUUGUUUAUACUGAUUAUAGACCUACACCAUUAUAACAUUAUCUAUUUCCAAGUGGUGCUGAAGGAAUCUAUUUAGUUGUGGAUGAAACAGGAAAAUUUAAAGAAGACAAAUUUUAAGAGGCUGUAGCAAAAUUGGAAGAAAAUGUUGAAAAUACAAGGAAGAGAAAAGCUACAGAGGGUUCAGAUUUAUUUAAAUUGAUGAAAAUGAUAUAAGAGAGAGAAUUAGCACCAGCCAUAGUGUUCUCCUUUUCUAAAAGAGAAGUAGAAGGAUAUGCUAUUGGAAUGUAGAAAUUAGAUUUAACAACACCAAAAGAAAAAGAGAAUAUUGAAACCAUAUAUAAAAAUGCAAUGAAUUGUUUAUCUGAAGAGGAUAGAUAAUUACCAUAAAUUUAAUUAAUGCUUCCAAUUUUAAAGAAAGGAAUUGGUAUUCAUCAUGGUGGUUUAUUACCAAUUGUAAAAGAAAUUAUUGAAAUACUUUUUCAAGAAGGAUAUCUUAAAGCUUUAUUUUCUACAGAAACAUUUUCUAUGGGUUUGAAUAUGCCUUCUAGAACUGUAGUUUUUACUUCUGUUAGAAAAUUUGAUGGUGAAUAAUUUAGAUGGAUUCAAGGUGGAGAGUAUAUUUAAAUGAGUGGUAGAGCUGGUAGAAGAGGUAUUGAUGAUAAAGGAGUUUGUAUUUUAAUGUGUGAUGAAAAGAUGGAUUAAGAAGUUGCCAAAUCUAUGCUUAAGGGAAAAUCAGAUGGUUUAAAUUCUUCAUUUAGAUUAUCAUAUAAUAUGCUUAUCAAUUCUAUGAGGAUGGAAGAUACUGAUCCAGAAUUCAUUAUUAAGAAGUCUUUCCAUUAAUUUUAAAAUGAUAGAUAAUUACCUGAAAUGAAGGAAAAAUUAUAGGAUUUUAAACAAAAACGAGAUUAAAUAUAAAUUGAAAAUGAAGAUAAAUUAGGUAAUUAUCAUGAUCUAAUCUCUUAAUCUACACACAUUUAUAAUAAAAUAAAGAAGAUUAUCUAUUAACCAUAAAUUGUAUUACCAUUUAUGCAUAUAGGCAGAAUUAUUAGAAUAAAAGGUUCAGAUGGAGAUUGGGGAUGGGGAAUAUAAAUUAAUUUUAUGUAAAAGAAAUUUGGAAAUAAAAAGAAUAAAGAUCAAGAACAAUCUAUUAUUUUAGAUGUAAUGUUAUAUGUUCAAAAAAGAAAGAAGGUAUAUAUAUAUAUAUUUAAUUAUAAAGAAUGAACCACUCUAACCUCAAUUAUCAUAUGAAUAAGAUGGAGAAUUAGAAAUAGUACCUGUCUCUAUUGAGUAACUAUAUGAGAUUAGUACAAUCAAAUUAAAUUUACCAAAAGAUCUUAGAACUAAUGAAAGCAAAUAAUAAAUUAAAUAGACUAUGAUUAAAUUGUUAAAAGAAUUCAAAGGAUAGCCUCCUCUUAUUCAUCCAAUAAAGGAUAUGAAAAUUAAUGAUGAUUAAUUGGAUAAAUUGUUAGAAUAAAGAUAAUCAUUAAUAGAAUAAAUAGAAUAAGUUAAGAAGGAUUUAAAUAAUUAGAAUUUAGAACAGGAAUUAAAAGUUUAUGAUGAGAAAAUUAAACUAGGUUAAACAAUAAAAUUAUUGAAUAAAUAAAUUGAUGAAAGUUCAUAAAUGGUUUUGAGUGGAGAUCUAAAGAGAAUGAAAAGAAUCUUAAGAAGAUUACAAUAUAUAUCCAAAGAUGAAAUUGUAUAGAUGAAAGGUAAAGUGGCAUGUGAGAUAUCAGCAGGAGAUGAAAUUAUGGUAUAUAUAUAAUAAUAUAUAAAUUAGUUAACUGAACUAUUAGUAAGUGGACUCUUUAAUGAUUUAGCUUCUGAAGAAAUAUGUGCUGUAUUGAGUGUUUUUGUUCAUGAUGAAAAUAAUAGUGAAAAAUUCUAAUUAAAAAAUGAUAAGAUGUAAUAACUAUAUACAAAAGUACUUGAAUAGGCUAAAUAUCUUUAUACUGUAUAUACAGAAUCAAAAAUGAAUAUUGAUGAAGUAAUAUUCUUAAUAUCAUAAUUUUUUAGAAAGAGUAUUUGGCUACAUUUAAGAGUUAAAUGAUGGAAGUAACUUUAGCUUGGUGUUAAGGAUAAUCAUUCUUAUAGAUUUGCAAAAUGACUGAUCUAUUUGAAGGAUCUAUAAUUAGAUGUCUAAGAAGAUUAGAUGAAUUAAUAAAAUAAAUGGAAGAGGCUGCAAAAGUGAUUGGAAAUAAGGAAUUGGAAAAUAAGUUUAAGGAAAGUUCUAAGAAACUUAAGAAAGGUAUUGUUUUUGCUGCAUCUUUAUAUUUGUGAUUGUAUUUAUUGAAUUAUUAUUUAAU